AUGGUGGACAUGACUGGAUCCAACAAGUGGAUAGCAAAGAUGGAGCCAGGUGCUCACAUCACCGUUGUGUCUCUUCCUACUGGGGGCAAUGAUCUCAAAAGGAUUCGCUUCUGCCGAGACAUGUUUGAUAAGCCGCGAGCCCAGAGGUUGUGGGCUGAGAAUUACGACAGGAUCAGGGAGCUUCAUAAUAUCCAGAAUUUAAAUCAACAUGUUUUCAACACUCCUGCAAGGUCUGAUGAUGAUGAGAUUAAGGAUCUGGCGCUGAAGCUUUCAGGGAAGAAAAUCAAAGGUGGCACCUCCGAGAGCAUCAACGCAAGUUCAACCCCUGCUUUGGACUACACAAACCCCAAUCAAUCCCCAAUUGGUAACACCACCCCUGGACGGCGUCAACCUCAACCACCAGCUGGUAGUGUAGCGUUGGUGGACAUGACUGGAUCCAACGAGUGGAUAGCACAGAUGGAGCCAGGUGUUCACAUCACCGUUGUGUCUCUUCCUACUGGGGGCAAUGAUUUCAAAAGGAUGUAG